UAGCCGUUGUUUCUGGACUUUCUGGGCCACAUUGGUUCCUUCGGCAUUUGAAGUGGAUAUGAAAGAAACAUCAGAAAAAGAAAAAGAAAAGUAAAGAAAGAAAGAAGAAGAAGAAGAAGAAGAAGAAGGGAAAGCAGUGUGAAGAGAAGACGAAGAAAAAGUUUUUACAAAAGAGAGUGAAACUGGAAAAGCGCUUAUGCUUUUUGUUUGUUAAACAAUUGCACCUCAAAUUGAUCUUUCCUACCAUUUCUCGCCUUCAUCAAUGCUUGGCUGAACAUUCAACUUUUGGGAUCUAAUUCCAACGUCCCAACUUGUGGCUUGUGUUGCUUUGCUUCCAACAUUUUUGUGGAAAAACAAUGAGCUAUAACAGCUCUACUGUGGGUUCUGGUAGUAGAACUGGCAGGAUGACCUUUGAGUUUGGGAGGACCCAUGUGGUCAGGCCUAAAGGGAAGCAUCAGGCAACUAUUGUUUGGUUACAUGGCCUGGGUGAUAAGGGCUCAAGGUUAAGAAGAAACGGGGUACUGAUUGAGUAUGAAACACUCACUUUGAACUCUAUGGUACAUUACAUUUGGUCUCAGCUCUUGGAAACUCUUCCUCUACCAAACAUUAAGUGGAUUUGUCCCACUGCUCCUACUCGUCCUGUGGCAUUAUUUGGUGGAUUUCCUUGCACUGCUUGGUUUGAUGUGGGAGAUAUUUCCGAAGAUUCUCCUGAUGAUUUAGAAGGCUUGGAUGCUGCAGCAUCACAUGUUGCUAAUCUUUUGUCUACAGAACCUGCUGACAUUAAACUGGGUAUUGGAGGCUUCAGUAUGGGUGCUGCAACUGCUAUUUACUCUGCGUCAUGUCGUAUUCUUGGACAAUAUGGAAAUGGAAACCUAUACCCCAUUAACCUUAGUGCAGUUGUUGGGCUUAGUGGCUGGCUUCCCUGUUCAAGAUCUUUGAGGAACCAGAUCAGUAUGUCGCAUGAAGCUGCAAGGCGUGCUGCGUCUCUGCCCAUUUUACUCUGUCAUGGUUCAGGUGACGAUGUUGUUGCUUACAAACAUGGGGAGAAAUCUGCACAUACUUUAAGUUCAGCUGGAUUUAGAAAUCUAACAUUUAAAACCUAUAAUGAGCUGGGCCAUUACACCAUUCCUGAGGAGAUGGAUGUCGUUUGUAAUUGGCUGACAGUAAUUUUGGGGCUAGAUGGCUUACGGUUGGUUGACCACUGAAGUCAUUGCAGAGAAGCAUGGAGAUAAACAAGGAAGACCAUUUUUAGGUUUGUAACAAGAAUGGUAGAGAUGGUCAAGCAUAGGGGCGGCGGUGUGAAUGGCCAUAGUUAUAAGUUCUUUAAUUUUGGUUGCUUCGUUCGUAAAAAAUAAACCAUUGCCUUUCUGGUUUAUGGUCUUUAGCAAAUCUGAUAGAUAUUGUCUACGUUUUCCUUUUUCUUCGUUUUUUUAGCCUAAGUUUGGGGGUAUACGAAUCUAAGAAAUUUUUCAAUGUUGUAAUCUAAUAUAAACCUUUUCCAAAUCUACAUAUUAACUACCUAUUUACCACUAAUCUUUUUGGAGAGAUGCUAGAUAUCACAGUGAACUUGCAAUUUUCUAGUCA